GCAAAUCACUUUCUUUCUCUAGGUUUUUGAAGGAUGUGAUGAAGAUAAAGGCUAUUUAAGCCGAGAGGACUUUGAAGUUGCUGUAAUAAUGUUGUUUGGUUAUAAACCCUCAAAGGUGUAGGUAGAUUCAGUAAUGUCUUCUGUGAGACCACAGAAUUCAGGCAAAUACUGGAGUCUUACACCACAGUUCAUUAAAUACAUCUUUCUUGCAAAGGCGGCUGCACAGCUAUACAGUAAUAAAACAAGGCAAAUAUUUACAGUACUUGAUGUGCAAGGUAAAGGAUUUUUUACUUUUGAAGACUUCAAGAAAGCCUUCAGUUUGGUUUCUCCUAAGUUAUCUGAAAGAAUCAUAGUUGAAGCCUUCAG